AUGUGAUUCUAACUUUUGACUUUAUUUAUUUAUUUAUUUAUGGAUGUAUUUAUGGUCUUUAAUCAGUCUUCACACAAAUACCAUCCAAUUCGUUUAUUACACGCAAAAUUACUUGCUCAUUUCCUUUAAUUGUAUUGUGUUCACAAUGCUCAACAAUUACACCUAAUCUAUUAGCCAAAUUUUGCUACACUUGAUGCCUAUAAACAUAGAUUUAGCUUUUAAAUAAUUUUCAUUCAAAACCAAUUAGAUUAUUUAGUUUUUUUUUACCAACAUAUCAAGAAAAAAAUGGCGAUGCCCAAGGUUUCCCUACCUCUCUUUUAUUUCAUGAUCAUGAGCUUAGCCCUACUCUUCUCCUCUAAUGCCCAAGACACGAACCAAGACUACAUCAAUUCUCACAAUGAUGCUCGUGUUGCUGUAGGUGCUGGACUCGGCAACAUGACUUGGAACGAAACUGUAGCAGAUUAUGCACGAGAUUAUGCUAACCAACGUAUUGCUGAUUGCAAUCUUGUGCAUUCGGAUGGACCUUAUGGGGAGAAUCUUGCAUGGGGUAGCGGUGAUCUUUCUGGCUUGGAUGCUGUCAGAAUGUGGGUUGAUGAGAAGGCAUUCUAUGAUUACAACUCCAAUACUUGCACUGGAGGCCAGCAAUGUGGGCACUAUACUCAGGUGGUUUGGCGCGACUCCAUUUCCUUAGGAUGUGCCAAGGUCACUUGCAACAAUGGGUUAGGAACUUUAAUUACUUGUAACUAUUACCCUCCUGGCAAUGUUAUUGGCCAGCGACCCUAUUAAAUCUUUGGUUUCACAGAUGUUAUAGAUAGUGCGGAGUUUCUUUGAUGAAUGAGAGAAAUCAAUGAAGAAAAAUGUUUGAAUCAACAGUUAAAGCUUCUAUGUAUUUGUAGACUUAUUGUAGCAAGUUCUUUGCUUUAAUAAAGAAAUUGAGUUAUUUAUGUUU